UAUGUGUAUUUCCAAACCUUUGGAUCCGGCUCUUGUUGCUCUAGUAUCCGCCAGACUCUUCUCGUUCUCUGUGCAUUGUAGUUCUUGAUACCACUUGAACGAGUCGCGCCCCAGUUACGCCUGUUAUCUAUCCCCAAAAGACACGCCUGCAAACCGCAAGCCUUGCCCAUUCCUAUUGCUGGUAUCAAGGCCUUUCGCCGUCAAUCAGCCCAGAGUCUGACCACUCAACAUUAGCAAUCAGAAGACCAAGAAGCGGUCGCGUUGUAUCACGGUCACACCCAGAGCCAUGGCCUUGACAUACAAGCAAUCACAGCUCGUCAAGAGCACGAUUCCCGCUCUCCGCGAGCAUGGCGAGACCAUCACAUCCAUCUUUUAUGCCAACAUGCUCCGUGCCCACCCGGAGCUUCACGACCACUUCAACAAGGUCAACCAGGCCAACGGCCGCCAGCCUCGUGCCCUGACGGGCGUCAUCCUCGCCUUUGCCGCCAACCUCAACCACAUCAGCGAGCUCAUCCCCAAGCUCGAGCGCAUGUGCAACAAGCACUGCUCCCUCGGCAUCCAACCCGAACACUACGACAUUGUCGGCAAGUACCUCAUCCAGGCCUUCGGCCAGGUCCUCGGCCCGGCCAUGACCCCCGAGAUCCGCGAGGCCUGGACAAAGGCCUACUGGCUCCUCGCCAAGAUGCUCAUCGGCCGCGAGGCCCAGAUGUACCGCGAGUUCAACGAAGACAAGUGGUCCGGGUGGCGCAAGUUCCGCAUCGAGCGCAAGGUCGCCGAGACGGACGACAUCUUCUCCUUCUACUUGGUCCCCGUCGACGGCAAGCGGCUGCCCGACUUCUACCCGGGCCAGUACACCUCCAUCCGCACCACGAUCCCUUCCCUGGGCCACCUGCAGUCACGGCAGUACUCGCUCAGCGACGCGCCACGGCCCGACUACUACCGCAUCACCGUCAAGCGCGACCGCGGCGUCAAGGUCGGCAAGGGCAGCGCCGUCUUCAACCUCAACCCGGGCGUCCUCUCCAACCACCUCAUCGACGACAAGAGGCCCGGGGACAUCGUCGAGCUGACGCACCCGACCGGCGACUUCUUCUUCGACACCCACGCCGCCGGCACGCUCCCCGUCGUCCUCAUCUCCGCCGGCGUCGGCGUCACCCCGCUCAUGUCCAUCUGCAACACCGUCGUCGAGCGCCAGGCCGUCCGCCCCAUCUCCUGGGUGCACUGCUCGGCCCGCGCCGCCCCCUUCGAGGAGCACAUCCGCAAGAUCGCCUACAGCCGCGCGAGCUUCACCACCAGAUUCUUCCGCUCGCAGAUUGCUGAUGUGGAGGACGACGACUCGCUCUCCUCGUCGAGCGACUUUGGCCUCCGCAUGGACCUCACCCGCAUCGACCCUGCCGAGCUCUACCUCGGCCACGGCGGCGCCGAGUACUACAUUUGCGGGCCCGAGAUCUUCAUGGCCGAAAUGUCCCAGUACCUCUUAAACCAGGGCGUCGACCCAGCGAGGGUCAAGUUUGAAAGGUUUUCUACUGGAGACCUAGCAGCACAGACAUGAUGCCCUCCCUGGGUAGAGCGCAAGGGGCGGUUCAAGUCUUGACGACAUUGGUAUGGGCGAGUGUUUUACUCAGAUCAGGGUUAAGGUUACUCGAGGAUAUGAUGGCCAUUGUUGGCAUAUACAAAAAGGGUCUACGGAGUUAUUAGGAUGGCACCGUAUCAGAAGGGCUUGAGGAGUUAUUUGGGUGUGUAUCGAAUGCAAUGACCUCGACGUCUCGGUUCAGGCGCAAUUGUUUGCCUCACAAGCAGUGAGUUGGUCGUUGACAUCCAAGACAAC